UUGACCCAUAGACAUUAUCUAGCGGCAGAGUUGAUCUUUACAUUCGUGCUGCCUACUAGAACUUGGUGUGUUGUUUUUUCUUCCAUCUUUAACCCAAUCCCACAAAAUUCCUCAGCUUCCCAAGCUGAUGAAAUCCUUGUAAAAUGCAAUAUAUUUGACCCCAAGAAAACAUAUAUAGUUAGCUGUUUUAUUUGAAUUAAUGUAAUAGUAUUUUUCUGAUUUACAGAUACAAAGUGAGAAGUGAAAAAAAUUGGUCACAAUCACUGAUCAUAGGAAUGACCAUUUCAAUCUGCGUUAAGAGAUUGUGGAAGUGGAUCCUGGCUAAACAAAGAGCAAGGAGAUUAAAAGGAAAUGAGGAAUAUACACCUUUCCCUAGUGACAACCUGAACCAAGUCCAGGAGCUCCCACUAUUCAAUUUUGAGAUGCUGGUGAGCGCAACAAACGACUUCCAUCUAUCUAACAAGCUUGGUCAAGGUGGAUUUGGUCCUGUAUACAAGGGAAAACUGUCAGAUGGACAAGAAAUUGCAGUGAAAAGACUUUCCAGAACCUCUGCCCAAGGGUUAAAAGAAUUUAUGAAUGAGGUGGUGGUAAUUUCUAAACUCCAACAUCGGAAUCUUGUUAGGCUUCUUGGCUGCUGUGUUGAAGGAGAAGAAAGGAUGUUGUUAUAUGAAUACAUGCCAAACAAAAGUCUUGAUGCAUUUCUCUUCGAUCCACACAAAGAAAGACUACUAGAUUGGAAAAAACGCUUUAACGUUAUUGAGGGAAUUGGUCGAGGUCUACUCUACCUUCAUAGGGAUUCUAGAUUACGGAUUAUUCAUAGAGAUCUAAAGGCAAGUAACAUCCUGUUGGAUAAAGAGCUAAAUCCAAAAAUAUCAGAUUUUGGUAUGGCCAGGAUUUUUGGAAGUAAUGAAGACCAGGCCAAUACUAAUAAGGUCGUUGGAACUUAUGGCUAUAUGUCUCCUGAAUAUGCAAUGGAAGGCCGAUUUUCAGAGAAAUCGGAUGUCUUCAGCUUUGGAGUGUUGUUACUAGAGAUAGUUAAUGGAAGAAGAAACACUAGCUUUUAUAAUGAUGAGCAGUCCCAAAGCCUUUUAGGACUUGCAUGGAAAUUGUGGAGUGCAGACAAUGCUAUAGCAUUAAUAAACCCAAUGAUAUAUGAGCCCUGCUUUGAAAUAGAGAUUUUGAGAUGCAUACAAGUUGGGUUGUUGUGUGUGCAAGAAUUUGCUCAAGAUAGGCCAACUGUAUCUGUUGUUGUUUCCAUGCUUAAAAGUGAGAUUGGUAAUUUGCCUCCUCCAACGAAACCAGCAUUCACUGAAAAGUUGAUUGCAUUAGAUACAAAUCCCUCUAAAUGCCCCCAAACAAAAUGCUCUGUUAACAAUGUUACUGUUACAAUGGUUCAAGGUCGAUAGUUGGCAUGUAUUAUUCACAUGAUCAUGUUGUAGUUAUUUAUUCAUUUUGAACACUUUUUAAAGAAUCUUAAACUUUUGUUUGUAUUUCUAAAGUUGUGAUUUUUA